AUGGACACAUGUGGCCAUUUCGUAGGGGUCUCUGACUUCUUCAGCACCGUUUCUUUGUGUAGCUGGAUCUGUGCCCAGAUGCCGCAAAUCUACACCAACUAUAAGAACAAGUCUGCCGACGGAAUCUCACCGUCAUUUUUGGCGCUUUGGUUUGCCGGUGAUUUUUUGAGUUUUACGAGCUGCUUGCUCAAUAAGGUGGUACUCAAGUUCCAGGUGUACUUGAGUUUAUUUUUCAUUUGCAACGACUUAACCUUGUGUUUCCAAUACUACUACUACCUGGUGCGCACCUCAAACAAUUACAAAAGCGUGAAUGGACUCGUCCUGGAAAUUGACUCCGGUACAACUACCCAUGAAAGCUUGUUCCAUACUGAUGCAGAAACUCAUAUAACUGACGGCUCACAUAGAGCAAUUCCUACACCAGGGUCAAUAUCCAAUUCGCCCAGCGGGAGCUACAGUUCUACGGAUAACCUGCCGAUUGUCAAGUCAAUUGCAGUUUCCUCCAUGGCCCAGGGAGCCAGCGCAUUGCUGACAAGUAACAUUCCUGAAAAAGAAAGUUCUUUUGGGGAAGUUUUGGGUGUCCUUCUUGCAUGGGCAUGUACGUUCGUUUACAUGGCCUCACGCUGUCCUCAGCUCUACAAAAACUACCAAAGAAAGUCAGUAGAUGGAAUAUCACCACUUUUAUUCGGUGCAGCACUUAUUGGAAACCUUACUUAUACCUUGUCAAUACUUACCAGUUGCGACUUUGUCAAUGAUGAUUUGCGACAUGAAUUUUUUAUAAAGGAGCUUCCAUACAUUCUUGGGAGUGCUGGAACAAUUGUGUUUGACCUUGCAUACUUCUACCAGCGUCGCAUAUAUAGAAAGCCGGUGGAACCUCCCAUUUCUCUUACUCUGUGGAACCACCAGUGA